CAUGAUUUUCGUUCCAUGAUCGGAAUAACCUAACUUUUCUGUCUGGUUGAAUCCAAAUUAUACCGAUCCGAGACAUGUGUUGCUUGUUGAAGGUGGCCUUCUGCCUGUAACCCAUGCAACGUUGAGUCAUGUAACCAGAGUCAGCUAACAAGCCAAGUUUGUUGCAAGCCACGGUGAGAGGGUUACAGAAGUAUCUGACUACUACUGGGUGCAACAGUAUUCCUGAGUCUCCACCCAGGACUUGUACGGCUGACAGUGGUGAAAACUGAGAGGAAGCUACUGGCACAAUGAAGGAAGCCUUGAACACCAUCGAGACCAGGACCAUGGACAGAUAGAGGUGGAGGACCUUCAUAGUUGUCCUAAACACCAGCAGCAUAACGGGCAGCAAAUUGCAUCAAGCAGGAAUUGAAGCUUACAUAUUUUAUCAUUGUGUUUAAUAUUGGAGAACAAACAGACUGUGCACGGAAAGAAGAUUCCAAACCACCAAAAUGGGGCUUUGGUGGCAUGCCUUAGUUUGCGUCAUAACAACUAUUUUGCUGGAACAAACCCAUGGUGGACUUAUUAAGAAAAUAAUUAGGCAGAAGAGAGACAUUCCACCACCAAAAGAAGAGAAUGCCACAUUACCAUUUGGAGCACAACCCAUUAACUUCAACCACGUCUACAACAUCAACGUCCCCCUUGGCUCUCUUUGUUCAGUAGACCUGGAGUCCCCCGAUGGCAUUGCAAGACCCAAAGCCGACUCCAGCGACCAACACAUCGAGCACACAGCUGACGGCGAAAAUCAAAUCGUCUUCACUCACCGGAUCAACAUCCCACGGCAGGCCUGCGGCUGCGCGGCGGGGCCGGACAUCCGCGACCUGCUCAGCAGGCUGGAGGCAUUGGAAGGUCAUGUGUCAUCGCUACGGCAACAAUGUGCGAAUGGAGGUUGCUGUGAGAAUGGCGCACAGCAAGGAAAGGGACGUGUCGAUGUAAAGCCUUUCUGUGGGGCACAUGGGAACUACAGUAAACACAGCUGUGGCUGUUUAUGUAACCCUGGCUGGAAGGGAGAAAACUGCAGUGAACCUGAUUGCCCAGCAAACUGCAAUGACAGAGGCACAUGCAUUGAUGGCAAGUGUGUGUGUGACUCAGGAUUCACCGGGGAUGACUGUAGCAUUGUCGACUCUUGCCCUAAUGACUGCAGUGAUCAAGGACGAUGCAUAGACGGAGUUUGUCAUUGCUUUGAAGGUUAUGCUGGAGAAGACUGUAGCCAGGAGCUGUGCCCAAACAAUUGCAGCGGUCAAGGCGUCUGCGUUGAUGGAAAAUGUGUGUGUGUUGAAGGUUUAACAGGAGAAGACUGCAAGGAUCUGGCCUGUCUCAAUAACUGCUAUAACCGUGGCCGCUGUGUGGACGGUGAGUGUGUCUGCAAUGAAGGCUUCACUGACGUUGACUGCUCAGAAAUUAUUUGCCCCAAAGACUGCUACGACCGCGGACGAUGUAUCGAAGGCGUAUGUUACUGUGAUGAGGGAUUUACGGGUGAAGAUUGUGGAGAACUUCUCUGCCUGAACAACUGCAGCAACAGCGGCCUUUGCGUCAACGGUCAAUGCGUGUGCAAUGAGGGCUACACGGGAGAGGACUGCAGCGAGUUGGCCUGUCUGAACAACUGCAACAGCCAAGGCGUCUGUGUCGACGGAGAGUGCAUCUGCCAUGAAGGCUUCACCGGUGAAGACUGCGGGGAACUGGCUUGUCCAAGCAGUUGCCACGACCGCGGCCGAUGUGUUAAUGGGCGCUGCAUCUGUGACGAAGGUUUCGCCGGCCAAGACUGCGGGCAACUGUCCUGCCCAAAUGACUGUAGUAACCAUGGCACCUGUGUCAAUGGUCAGUGUGUCUGCGAUCACAGCUUCACCGGCGAAGACUGUAGCGAACUGGCCUGUCCGAACAACUGUAACAACCGUGGCAGCUGUGUCAGUGGCCAGUGUAUCUGCGAGGAGGGCUACAAAGGAGAAGACUGUAGUGAACUGACUUGUCCCAAUGAGUGCUACGAUCGCGGGCGAUGUGUCAAUGGCCGCUGCGUCUGUGACGAAGGUUUCGCCGGAGAAGACUGCGGGCAACUGUCCUGUCCAAAUGACUGUAGUAACAACGGCCGCUGCGUCAAUGGUCAGUGUGUCUGCGAUCACGGCUUCACCGGUGAGGACUGUGGCGAACUGGUCUGUCCUAACAACUGCAACAACCGCGGCCGUUGCGUCAAUGGACAGUGUGUCUGCGAUUCUGAUUACAGAGGAAUAGACUGCGGAGAACGUGCCUGUCCCAAUAACUGCAAUGAACGAGGUCGUUGUGUUGAAGGUCAAUGCAUCUGUAAUGAAGGUUACGUCAAUGAAGAUUGCUCUGCUGUUUCGCCACCCAAAGACCUGCAGGUAACUGAGGUGACUCCCCAGACAGUGGAUGUGGAGUGGCAGAAUGAGGUUAGAGUCAACGAGUACCUCAUCACCUAUGUCCCCACCUCUCCAGGGGGUCUGAAGCUGGAACUCCGAGUGCCUGGUGACCAGAUGUCAUCUACCAUCCGGGAAUUAGAGCCGGGGAUUGAAUACCUAAUCAGCGUUUAUGCUAUCCUUAAUAAUGAGAGAAGCAUUCCCGUCAGUGCCAGGGUCGCAACACAUCUACCCACACCAGAUGGAUUGAAGUUCAAGUCCAUUCGCGAGACCUCUGUCGAGGUGGAGUGGGACCCUAUAGAAAUUGGGUUUGAUGGCUGGGAGAUGAUUUUCAAAGCCCCUAAGGAAGAUAACGGUGAGAUUCUGAACAGUCUGGAGCGGUCAGAAGUCUCAUUUGUGCAGACCGGCCUGGCUCCAGGGGAGGAGUAUGAAGUCAGCCUUCAUGUAGUGAAAAAUAAUACCCGCGGGCCAGCAGCUAAACGGAAAUUGACCACAAUGAUUGAUGCACCAAGCCAAGUGGAAGUGAACAAGGUCACAGACACAACUGCUCACAUCACCUGGCGCAACCCAGCGGCACACAUUGAGGGAAUCAGCCUGUUCUACGGGACUAUAGGCGGCGAGAAGGCAGUGGUCGACCUUCCUGACAUUGAGACAACCUAUUCCAUUGCUGAGCUUCAACCUGACACCGAAUAUGAAGUGUCGCUGGUUUCCAAACGUGGGGAUAUGAAGAGUGUUCCAGCCACCAACACAUUCACAACAGACCUUGACCCUCCAAGGAACCUCCGAAAUGUGUCUCAGACAGAGUACAGCAUCACCUUGCAGUGGAAGAAUAGCAGAGCAGGAGCCACAGAUUACAAAGUGAAGUUUUCUCCGCUGGCAGGAGGAGAACAUAUGGAAACUACAGUCCAGAGAAGUACUCAACGAGCCACCACCAUUAAGAUUUCCGAUCUUCUGCCGGGUACAGAAUAUGGAUUUGGAGUUAGUGCCAUUAAGGACAACAGAGAGAGUGCCCCUGCUACUAUCAACGUGGCAACUGACUUGGAUAGUCCGAAAGACCUGAGAGUGACCAAGACGACAGAGAACAGCAUUACUGUGGAAUGGAAACGGCCCCUGGCAGUAAUUGACCGGUACUACAUCAUCUAUAUCUCAUCGUCUGGUGAGAGGAAUGAAGAAAUAGUGCCUGCCGAGGCUGUGUCGUACAUCCUGUCUGGCCUCCAACCUGCGGCUGAGUACACCAUUAUACUCAUAGCACAGAGAGGUCAACUGAAGAGCAGUGCCUCCACCACCAGCGCCUCCACAGGCCUUGAACCACUGCGAGGUCUUAAAUUUUCUGAGGUAACUCCCAGAAGCACCUCAGUGACUUGGGAAGCACCCUUAGCUCCUAUUGACAUGUUUGUCGUGAAUUAUAAUCCUAAAACACAUGGAGAAACGCAGCAGGUCAUUGUGAAGGGAGAUCAAAAUGCAGUCGCGCUCACUGAUCUGAAGCCCAGCACUGAGUAUGUGGUGACGCUUAUGGCUCUUCGAGGCACAGCGAGAACAGAGCCCUUGGUUGGAUCUGUCACUACAGUGAUGUCAGAGGAGGCUGUCACGUCUCCUCCGUAUGGAAGCUCCACAGUCCCAGUUUCCGUGAUAUUAGAAGCUUCUGUGCCCGAGUUUUCUGGGACUGGUGACAGUCAAAUCAGUAACCUAACUGUUUCUAAAGUGACCUCGGAUGGUAUCCAUCUUUCCUGGAUGACAGAAACAGGAUCCUAUGACAAUUUUGUCAUAAAGUAUAGGAGUGCAUUUGGAACCAGUGAUGUGACAGAGAUCUCCACUCCUGGUGAUGUGCUAACUUUCGAACUAAAAGGCCUAAUGCCUUCCACUCCUUAUAAAAUAACUCUUUACGGAAUUGCCGGUGGUCAACGCUCAGAGCCGCUGAAUAUUUUAGCCACCACAGCUGACUUAAUCAACGCAGUUGAUGGCCAAAUAAAUCAGACAACAGGCGACAAUUCUCGGCUACACAAAGAUGGAGGUUUUAACCCUGAGCCCACAGUUGGUUCAGAGAAAGGGGUGUUGCAUAGUAGACUGGGAAACCUUACUGUGAUAAACACUACCUCCGAAAGUAUUAAGCUUUCAUGGACUUUGCAAAAUGGAUCUUUUGAUGCCUUUUUGAUAGUGGCCACAGAUUACACUGGGUUGCACGGACCACUGGAAAUGUCCCUUUAUGGUGAUGUACGUAGCACCGAUGUAACUGGUCUCUUGGAUAGUACACAAUAUAAGGUAUAUUUAUACGGAUUUGUGGGAAAUUGGCGUUCAGAUCCUUUGAGUGCAGAAGCCACAACAGAACCCCUUGACAACACCACUGCACAUUCUCCAAGCACAGACAUCGCCAAACCAGAAAACCUUGUGGUAACAAAUGUGACCUCCACCAGCUUCCGGCUAUCCUGGGCCGCCCACAUUGGAGCCUUUGAUAGUUUUCUAUUGAUAGUAAAGGAUGUUAAAGGAUCGGGCAGGCCUUUGAAGAUUUCCCGCCUGCCUGGUCAACAUACAGCUGAUAUCCAAGGGCUGGUACCUGGUACUGAUUACAAGGUUGAUCUAUAUGGAGUUGUUCAAGGUCAUCUGUCACGACCACUGACUGAGAUUGCAAGAACAGACUCCGAACUUGACAACUUAACAGUGUCAGAUGUUACCUCUGGCAGUCUCAGACUCUCCUGGACAGCUGGUGGCCCGUAUGAAAACUUUGUUGUAGAAAUUAAAGACUCUGAUGGGUUGUUCAAUCCACAAGUAUACACACUGCCAGGUGAUCAGCGGUCCCUGGAUAUCCCAGACCUGCCUGCUGCUACUGACUAUGAGAUUUCCCUCCAUGGUAUAAUCCAUGGUCAGCCAACAAAGCCACUUUACACUGAAGCUCACACAGAAGAAGAACCUGAACUUGACAGCCUAGUUGUUUCAGAGAUUACCUCAGAAGGAUUCACACUCUCUUGGACAGCUGAAGACGGGGCAUUUGAAUAUUUUAUCAUAGAUGUUAAAGAUUCUGAAAACUCGUUUGACCCAAUACAGCAUGUUUUAUCAGGGAAAACACGAACUACUGACAUCUCAGGCCUAGUAGAAGGCACUGGAUACCAGAUUAACAUUACUGGUGUAACUGAAGGCUGGCGCACGCAACCACUCACUGCGGUCACUGCUACAGAGGAAAAAUCAAAAAUGGAAAACCUAGUGGUUUCAAACAUAAACUCUUAUGGAUUCAAAGUCUCUUGGAAUGCCACGGACGGGGCCUAUGAAAGUUUUAUAAUAGUGGUUAGAGAUUCUGGCAGGUUAUUGGAGCCAAUGGAACACAGAGUGUCAGGCAAUCAACGUUCCAUUACCAUCACAGGCCUGAUCACCGGAAUUGAUUAUGAUAUUAAUAUAUAUGGUGUAGCCAAGGGGCAGCACUCUAAGCCUCUCUUUACUAGGACUGCAACAGAGUCCGAGCCUGAAGUGGAUCACCUAAACGUUUCUGAAGUUACCUCAAGUGGCUUCAAACUUUCUUGGACAACAGAUGACAAUCCCUUUGAUUACUUUAAUGUUACAGUCAGUGAUUCCAAAGAUGAAUUUCCUCCUCUGGACUACAGACUAUCAGGUGAUCUGCGAACCAUUGACAUCCAAGGGCUGCAAGAUGGUACUAAGUAUAAUAUUUCCUUAGUUGGUGUUACAGAGGAACGACGAUCGCAGUCGAUAAUUACCAUUGCAACUACAGGGGUGGGAUCUCCUAAACAUCUAGAGUUUUCAGACGUCACUGACACCACGGUGCUAGUCAGGUGGGACCUCCCCAGAGCCCACGUCGACAAUUUCAAGGUCAUUUAUGAGCCCACUGAUGGAGGUGAAAGCACCACUGUGACUGUUGAAGGCAGCAGGUCUCAAACUGUACUGCACAACCUGACUCCAGCCACUCAGUAUCAAGUCAGAGUCGUCUCUGUGAAAGGGUUUGAUGACAGUGAACCAACGUCAGGCACAGUGAGGACAGCCUUGGACAGUCCAUCUGACUUGAGAGUUCUGAAUGCAACGGAGUCUGGAGCCCUGCUGGCGUGGAAGCCCAGUAUUGUAGCAGUUGAUGAAUAUGUCAUCACCUACAGCGCUGACGAUGAGUCACCAGUAACAAAGAGGGUUUCAGGAAAUUUGAUCCAGUCGGAACUCAGCCAUCUGUUGCCGGGGACCCACUACAGAGUGUUGAUCUAUGCCAUGAAAGACUCUCUCAGAAGUUCUACCUCUGAAACCUCCUUCACCACUGCCAUUGAUUCACCCAGAGAUUUAGCAGUGAGUGGCAUUACAAUGAAUGAUGCCCUCAUUUCAUGGAAUCCUCCCCGUGUUCAGAUCAGUGGCUACAUUCUGACGAUCGAAGCCGAAGAUGGCAAAACACAGAAAGUGGAGUAUUUUGGAGCUACGGAAAGGUCAUACAGCCUGAUGCAACUGGAUCCAUCGACAAGCUACAAGGUGAAGCUACAGGCCUACACAGGCUCAGAAAGGAGCAGCACCAUAGAGACCAACUUCAAAACAGUUGGGUACUUGUAUCCAUUCCCCAAGGAUUGCUCUCAGACCUUGCUGAAUGGGGAGACCAGCAAUGGGCUCCAGACCAUUUUCUUGAAUGGCAAUCGCUCUCAGCCACUUCAGGUGUACUGUGACAUGACAACGGAUGGAGGGGGCUGGAUGGUGUUUCAGAGGCGUGAGAAUGGCAAAGUGGAUUUCUUCAGAAAGUGGAAGGAUUACGCCGCUGGAUUUGGUGAUCCUUCAGGCGAGUUCUGGUUGGGCCUUGAGAACCUUCACAAGAUUACAUCAGAAGGACAUUAUGAGCUCCGGGUAGAUCUCCAGGAUCAAGGGGACACUGCUUAUGCAAUCUAUGACAAAUUCUUUAUAUCAGACGCUAAAAGUCGAUACAAAUUGCAUAUUGGAGAAUACAGAGGAACAGCAGGUGACUCUCUGUCCUACCACCAAGAUCGGCCAUUCUCUACGAAGGAUAGAGACAAUGACGUAGCUGUGACCAACUGUGCUCUGUCCUACAAGGGAGCCUGGUGGUACAAGAACUGUCACAGGGUAAACCUGAAUGGGAAAUAUGGAGUUGCAAACCACAGCCAGGGUGUCAACUGGUACCACUGGAAGGGACAUGAGUAUUCAAUUGAAUUUGUUGAAAUGAAACUGAGACCACAUACCUUCAGAGGCCUUCAGAGAAAUAAGAGAGCACAGCGACAACACUAAAUAACCAAACUAGCCGAAAACAUUAAAGGUUCAUAGUGUACAGAAACACCAAUAAUUUAGCUCGCAUUCGAGUUAAUGGGUUGUAUGAGCCUCGCUAGAAAAGCUCUCUCACCUUACAUGGGUUUAGCUCCACUCAGUUUAAACACCAAAGAUAAUUUUGACAAUAAUUAACAUAGGUUGCUAUUGCUUUUAGGGUCAUAGCUUUAUAUAUAUUGCUCAGAGGGCAGGGGUGGCCUUGUAUGUACAUCAUUACGCCUGCACAGUCAUCAGAGUGUAUUGUCUAUAUUCCGUUCAUCAUGUUGGAGAUGUGUUGCCAUGGCAGCAAACGGACCAGUUGUCCUUAAAGGUUUAAUGUACAGAAGCUUCAUGUUUAACUAUCAGAUGUAUAAGCUGAAUGUCUCAAUGUGAGUGUGGAAGUUUUACUUUGGGAACAUGGAGCUUGACGUUUGUGACCUUUUACAGAAAGGGAGGUGUAACUUGAGAAAGCAUUAAUUGUUUUUUUUUGCCAUUGAUUAGCAAUUUCAGGGUGUUGUAUUUUAAAAGUCAACCACAUGUUGGUUCUGUUUAGAAUAGAACACAGUCAUGUAAAUACAAAGGAAAGCUAGGAGCCCUUCCUCUUAUAAAUUGUCCCUUUUGAAUAGAAACAAAUCUCAGCAAAUUGCCUGUGAAUCACACACAAAGAAUUAAAUGCAACUUUUUGAGUCAUUAUCUCCUCAAAGAUUACAUUUGGAUUGUUUAAAUAUUCAUCUUCACUUUAUUUAAAUACCAUGGCUACUGUGCUGAAAGGAAAAGGGAAAAAUAGUGACAUACUUUUCAGGAAAUUCUAUUUUCAAAACAAAUGUAAAAUGUGAUAUUUUUACUCUUUCAAGUAUUCACAACCAAAACAAAGCAUUUCCUUUUCUCCUGAUUAUAGGCAGCCCUAACUGUGGAGAGGCAUGAUCACUAAACCCAGGUUACACAGUACAUGGACCAUGGUAUACAUUUGUAAAAUAACAAUUGUUUUUCACAGGGAUAAUUGCAAUGUCUGUUUUUGUGUACCCUUAAUUAAAAUAAAGUAAUGGUGUUUU